CGGCGGUGUCGAUGUAAACAUUGCAAUAGACAAAUAACCCUAUCAACAUGUGAGAAGGGCAAAUCUCAUUUCAUAAGACCAUCAAUGUUAUUAAACAUUUGUUAACUGGUGCGGUCAUCGGAAACCAUUACUUUCGGUGUAUAAUUAUAUUUUAAUGUACAGUACCAGUUGAUCGUAGGAAAUGGCUUCCAAAUGUUGUGAUAACGUGUCUCUGCUGGUCUGCAUCAUCAUUAUCCUUUUUGGUAUGGGCUCUUGGAUCGCCAUAAACGGGAUCUGGGUGGAGCUGCCCCUCCUCGUGGACCAACUUCCAGAAGGCUGGAACCUCCCCUCUUACAUGGCCGUCGUCAUCCAGAUCGCCAACAUCGGGCCCAUAACCUACACACUCACUAAACUCUGCUGCCCGAACAGAAAUUUUCAGAGACCCGUCGUGUACGCGAUGGUGAUUAUUGGAUCUGCUGCGUCUUUAUUGCUGGCGUUCUUUUGGACGCGGACGUCCGUCGUUGGCGGCGUGGAGCACAGCACGGCCCUGCUUGUGUUGAUGUUCUUUCUAUCCCUGGUUGACUGUACGUCGUCAGUUGUGUUUUUACCCUUCAUGAAUGUAUUCAAACCGGAGUAUAUGACGUCAUAUUAUGUUGGAGAGGGAUUUAGCGGGCUCAUUCCAAGUUUGGUGGCAUUAGGACAAGGUGUUGGUGCCGUUGAAUGUGUAAACCAGAGCUUAACAAAUACGACUACAAAUAUCACAGAAUUUAGCACAGUUGCAGUUUAUUUAGAGCCAAAUUUUCCAGUGAAAGAUUUCUUUCUGUUUGUAUUUUCAAUGAUGGUGACGUGUGGAAUAGCUUUUGUGUUAUUAAACUAUUUGCCUUUCUGCAAAAGUGAAUAUACAGAUCGAACAUUCAAUAGUUCACAUUCAUAUGAUCUCUGUGAUGAAUUAAAAAUGUCAAGUACCCAGAAGUUCGUUAGUGAAACACACGAAGACGAAGAACCAGAACAAAGUGUUGAGCACCAUGCAACGGUCAUAAAGUUAUCAAAGUGUUCUUACCUUUACCUUCUAAUUGUUAUUGCGUGGACGAAUGCACUAACGAACGGGGUUCUUCCAUCCAUCCAAACAUACGCCUGCUUGCCGUACGGUUCAGAAUCAUACCACCUUGCAGUCACACUCUCCCAGAUCGCCAACCCUGCCUCCUGCUGUCUUGCCUUUUUCCUCCCCGUGACGUCCGGUACAGUUCUGAGCGCGGUCACACUUACCGGAAGUGCGGUGUCCGCCUACAUUCUCGCCCUCGCUGUGUACAGUCCAAUUCCGCCGCUCGUCGAUUCAGCUGCAGGACCAGUGUUAGCGGUUGCAUCAUUUGUGGUUGUGUUCUUCCUGUUCACGUUCGCCAAAGUCUCCAUAGCGACGAUAUUCCGUCACGCGGGCGGGCGCGGGCUGCUGUGGUGCGGGGCCGUCACUCAACUAGGGUCUGCCCUUGGGGCCGCCGCCAUGUUUGUUGUUGUGAACGUCUACCAAGCGUUUGUGCAGAAAUACCCAUGUACGUGACAGUGACAUAAGCUCAAACAUUCCGACUACUUAGUUAGAUUAUGAUCAAAAUGUGUACAAUUACUUCAUGCUACACGCCAGCUAGUUAAAAAAGCGUGCAUUUUAUGUUAACCGGUCCGCAAUCGUGUGUGCAUUAUGUUAACUAGUCUGAUAAUUUAAUUGUUAUUUACAUUUAAAUCAUAGAUAAGUGGUAUGCUUCCUAAUUCAAUAUGUCAUUGUCUUUGCUUUCACCACUCUGUUUUUAGUUAUAUACAUACAUUAAUAUUUAUAAUGCUAAACUUAUCAAUAUUGCUACCAUCUUAAUUUACCAUCUACAAAUAGUAUUGUUAAAGUACAUGAAGUGGAAUUGGCAAUUAAAAUCCUAUGAAAUUUGACCUACAUCUGAAAUUCUCUGAUAUCAUAUUGGUAAUAAAUCAUAAUAUGUUUUACUUGUAUCACUGACGGUUUCUUUAUUAAUUGCAAUGAAAGUUUCAUAUUUAUUUUACAAGUGUUAGGCAUUAUAGCUGAGAUGAAAAUAUGAUAAUAGUCACUUGUGUUUGCUGUACUGGACUUUAUAUUUCUUCCAGAAGUGAUGUCAGAAAUCCUACAACGCUUUAUAUCCUGUUUGCGUUUGCAAUAAACUAUAUAUAUAUUUUAGAAUACCAAUAAUUAAUAUCCGAUGAAGGUCAAUAUCUUAUGUCAGAAAUCUUAUUUUUGGAAUUCUGUCUAUUAAGUUACAAGAUAUCAUUACUGUUUAUUGCAUAAUAUUUGCUGUUGUUUUUUAUAGUUGUACUUUUGUUUCACGUUUAAAGCUUAUUUGUUUAGGUAAUGUUCAUUUUUUUAGAUCUGUAUUUAACGAAUCUCACUGUGUGUUCGCCUCGUUUAAGGAUCUCCCUUACAGAUAUGUUUUUGGCGACUAGGGAGUUAUUUGAAUUACUUUUAUGAUGAAAAACAAGCAGCAACUAGCAGAAACUCAUUAUAGCUACAAUAAUGAGCGGUCAGGGAUACUUUUUUUUUUUUUAUUAUUUUGACAUUUAUCACGCAUCGCUGUAACCGAAUCUACCAUAGUCAUAAACUCGCCAAAGGACUCGUUGAUGGGCAUUUAGGUGGACAAAUACUAAAACGACCAUACUAAAAUGUAAAUAGCAGCCUUAAAUAGUUCGAUUUCCAUUAGCUACUGGCGCUUUUCGGCAAAAUAGCGCAUUGUUCUGUCACUAAACGAUUCUCAUCAAUUGAGCUUUACUUUGAUAUUAUGUUAUUGAAACAAGCAUUAUGUUCACAUUUCAUGUUUUGUCACAUUUCUAAACAAUUAAUAUCAUUUGAGCUUUACUUUGAUGUUAUGUUAUUGAAACAAGCAUUACGUUCACUUUUCAUGUUUUGUCACAUUUCUUAGCAAUUCUCAUCAAUUGAGCUUUACUUUGAUGUUAUGUUAUUGAUACAAGCAUUAUUUGCACAUUUCAUGUUUUGUCACAUUUCUAAGCAAUUCUCAUCAAUUGAGCUUGACUUUGAUGUUGUGUUAAUGAAACAAGGAUUAUGUUCACAUUUCAUAUUCUGCAAGAAGUGUCAAAAUCUGUGAAGGUGUUAAUAAUGUUGAUGUUGUUGAGUUUAUAAAGGUCUGCCCAUAAUGGCAGCAUUUUGGCUUGACCGUGAUAAUGUAUUCAGUUUUUUGUCUGAUAUAUUGUAACAGUUUCGUGGUCAUCGUGACCAGUGCAAGAUAGUUUUAAAUAUUAUUGUAUGUGAAUGAUAGUUUAGUUUCCAAUGCAAACUCUGUCAGAUAUAAGUAGCCCGGUUCUAUAUUAUUAGUUUUUUUAAAUGAAACUUUGUUGUUUUCGUGUAUGCAAGGUUUAAUAUUUACUUAAAUUGUAAUACAGAUGCUAUAGUUACUUUACGUGUAAUUCAUAUUUAUUUUCAAAUGUUAGCUAUCUUUGCGAAUAAAAAUAGUAGAUGUU